AUGGCGCCAUACAAGAACUUUGCAGCAUCGCUCGUCAUCGGUCUCCUGACGCUAGGAGCGGAUGCUGCUUUCAAGCCGCCGAUCAAUAACACGCUGGAACCAGGCGUUGAAACAGAAUGCAAGACUUGUCCGUAUUCACUAUGUACGAACAAAGCAUUUUAUGAGUAUGAUACUCAGGUGACACUCGUUUGUUGGACAAGGGGAACCGUCAUUGAUGGAGAUGCGACUUGGCUGAGAACUUCUGACAACUGCUAUGUAACGCAGUACGAUUUGGUUGAGUACAGUGGCGAGUACGAGACUGAUCUCUCCUACUGUGGGAAAGCAUCUGAGGAGAAACAUCUCACCUAUGACGAAGCCACAGUGAAAUAUGAUUCUGAGUGUAACAUCUGCCCAGAUAAUGCAUCAUGCGAGACAAUCAAGUACCAGAAACCGGGCGACGACUUGACGGUGACUUGCUGGACUGAUGAUGGAGAAGCUGUAAUUGAUGAUACUGUCUGGGUGAAAACCACUGACAACUGUUACAUCAAUCAAAUCCACCUGGAGGACCCCGCCGACAAAGAUAUCCUCGACAAUUGCGGACCAAUUGGUUUCCUGCAAGUAAACUAUACCGAUACUGAAGCAGCUGCCGUUGAAGCCGAUGAGCUCAUCCAGAAGCACGCAUCCGGACAAUCCAAGAUUGAAGGAGCAUCUUGGAGUCGUAUCCAACAGCGCGCUGCUUCUCCUGAGCCAGAACCAGAGCCAGCUCCUCUCCCCACCCCUCUUACUGAAGCCAGCGCAGAACUGCAUAAACGCUACUUGAUCAACAUCACAGUCGGAGAGGAUUAUGCUUUCUGUCAUCAAAAGCCUGUGGGUGGGUCGAAGGUUGUGAAAAAGUAUGAGUUUGGUACUGGGGUGCGGAUGCAGUGUUAUGAGAGCACGGAUAGUACGGUUGUGAAUGAGACUUAUUGGUACAAGACGACGGAUUUCUGCUAUGUGAGGGAGGUUGACUUCUUUGAGAGUCUGUUUGAUCAAUAUAGAUUUCCGGCCUGUUCGCUGUUCGCUUAG